AGAAGAAGAAGCAGCAGCCGAUGAUAGAAAAUGGCUGACCGGGAAAAUGAGGAUAAUUUCUUUCUGUUCGAAAUGUAGUUGUAAGGUGUUUUUUAUUUAUUCGUACACCACUGCAUUUAAUUACGAAACAUAAUGUUUAAAAAGGCGAAACGAGCGAACUUCCGACGGAGGAAUGAGUCGGACGAGGAGGAUCAUGAGGAGGCUCAGCAGCCGCUGCUCGCGCCCACAAUGUUCGGGCCUGUCGGGGAAGAUAUCCCGUUCAUGGAGACCUCCAAUAGCACCGGCGAUGUCCACCAGAGCAACGGCUUUCAGGCUAACAGUGUGAAAUUUACUAAGAAAGAUAAAAAGAGCAAAGAACCUGCCACAGUUCCUGGACCUACAAAAGCCAGUUUGCUGAGUUUUGACGACGAUGAAGAAGGGCCCGAGGUCUUCAGAGUAAAGAAAUCAAAUCACAGCAAGAAGAUAGUCAAACAGCUGAAGAAGGAAUACAAAGAGGAUUUGGAGAGGACUGGCUCUAUUAAACAGGAAAUCAAAACAGAUGCUCCACCUCAGCCUAUGGCCACCAUCAAAGAGGAGGUUACUAGCAGAGCAGGUAGUGAACAGGGUGAGGAGGAGAUGGAGGUGGACAGUGCUGAUGAGCCAGAGGAAGAAUCGAAGAGUCAGAGCGGUCCAGCACAUAGUCAGGUGUCCAGGAGCAACAGCACGGCCGCAACCUUCAAUGCACUUUCUUCUCUCAGCAGCUUGAGACCUGGGGAGAUACCUGAUGCCGCGUUCAUACAUGCUGCAAGAAAGCGCCGUCAGAUGGCUAGAGAGUUGGGAGGUGAUACACCCCUGGUUGAGACAGAGACCCCAAAAAAGCGAUUAGUCCGAGAAGAGCAAGAUGUCAGCGAUGACGAAGAUGAGGAAGAAAAGAGGAUCCGCUUUAGUGGAGUCAAGAAUAAGAGCCAAAGGCAGAAAAUAGCAGAGGAGAUAGGUAUUGAAGGUAGUGAUGAUGAGGCACUGGAUGCAGGUCAGGAUGAGGAGGUGAGCCGUUGGGAGCAGGAACAGAUCAGGAAAGGAAUCAGCAUACCCCAGGUUCAAAGCAGCCAGCCAGAGGACAACACCGUCUACUACCAGAGCAGCUAUGAGAGCCAGCCCUACAGCAAUUCCUACAGCAUGGCUUACACCUACAGCACUGUGGCUCCACAGACGACCAAGCCAACUGCCCGAACAGACAAUGGCACUGUUCACUAUGUGACCCCAAGUGCAGACCUUAGCCCUGUAUCCAUUGAUCUGGUAAAGAAACGCCUGCAGGAUAGGCUCAGCCAAAUGCGUGCAGGCUAUGACUCAAACACCAAGCGCUACAAACAGAUCGAAGAUGACCUAGCUGCUUCAGAGAACACCAUAGAGCAGCUGGAGGGCUCCUCCAAUGACAAUGCAGAUCAAUAUAAAUUCUUGCAAGAGAUGCGAGGGUAUGUUGGAGACUUGCUUGAGUGUUUCAGUGAAAAGGUCCCUGCUGUCCUGGAGCUGGAGGCUGCCAUGCACCAGUUACUAAGGCAACGGGCCUCACGACUUGUCCAAAGAAGACAGGAUGAUAUUAAAGAUGAAUCGGCGGAGUUUGCAAGCCUUUCAAAUAAAGCUGUCAUGGCUCCCAAUCUGGACUCAUUUGGUAGAGAUCGAGCUGCGUACCAAGAGCACAAUCGUCAAAGGAGGAUCGCUGAAAGAGAGGCCCGACGGACUCGGAGGCGUCAGGCUCGAGAGCAGAACGAAAAGAGAACUGAGCAUAAUGAAGGCUUGUCAUCCGAUGAUGAGGAAACCUCCACUGACAUCACCAGUUUCAACAUGGAGAAAGAUCGCAUCGUCAAGGAAUGUAAGAAAGUGUUUGAGGACGUAGUGGACGACUUUCAUUCCCUUGACUACAUCAAAUCCCAUUUUGAAGUAUGGAGAAGGGACUACGCCGACUGUUACAGAGACGCCUACAUAGGUCUUUGUCUGCCCAAACUCUUUAACCCCUUAGUCCGUCUGCAACUCAUCACAUGGAACCCUCUUGAGGCGGAGUGUGCAAACUUCGAGUACAUGCUCUGGUUCGAGUCGCUGCUUUUUUACGGCUUUGAGGAGAACAGUGUAUUGCAGAAAGGAGAGGCAGAUAUCAGUUUACUGCCUGCUAUUGUGGAGAAAGUCAUCAUCUCCAAACUGACAGUGUUAGCAGAGCAGGUGUGGGACCCACUGUCCAGCAGUCAGACAGCCAGACUGGUGGGGUUCAUUCACAGACUAAUGAAAGGGUACCCAACUGUGCUGCAUGGAGACAACCAAUACACACAGGAGCUGUUGAAGACAGUCGUUUUGCGGACCAGGCGCACUCUAGAUGAAGAUGUCUUCCUACCACUCUACCCCAAAAAUGUGUUGGACAACAAGAACUGCAGCCCCUAUCUCUUCUACCAGAGACAGUUUUGGACAUGUGUUAAGCUACUGGGCAACAUCCUGCAGUGGGAUGGCAUCCUGUCAAAUUCAUGUCUAAGGGAUCUGGCUUUGGACAGCACGUUAAAUAGAUACAUCCUCUCUGCACUGCAGACCACAGAUGCAGGGGAGGACAAUGUGCAGAAGUGUCAGAAGGUGGUGGAUUAUUUGCCUCGGCAGUGGUUCUGUGGGUUGAAAGGCCAACAGACGUUGCCUCAGUUGGAGCCGUUCUGUCGUUACCUCGCCCACCUGGCCAAUUCACUGUAUCGCAGCAGCCUGGGCGGGUCCGACAUGGAGCGACGCACAACCAAGGAAAAAGUCAAAGACGUGGUGAAGAUGCUGGGUCAGGUGAACGCCCUGGACCACAUCAUCGCCGUGGCAGCAGAGCACGGCGUUAAAGACAUCAAGACACUUUUGGAAGCCAAGUGACGAAGACGACCACAAAUUCACCCUUGGUCUUCUGUUCUAUGAAGCACGUUUGACAAUAUCAGACUCCUAAGAAAACAACGGUGCUUAUUCAGUCCUCGCUCUGACUAAAACGGUGAAACAGCUUCAGUGUAAAUAUUGUGCAUAGUGUAUAUUUUAUAGAAAGGUUUGUUCAUACGUCUGUAAACACGAGGCCACUGUUGAAACGAGGCCUCGUAUCGUCAGCCCAGCAGGAGUUUUUCAAUCACACCAACGCUGACACUAUCUUAACUGUAUAAUUUAUUAAGAAUAAAUAACUUAUCAAGGACUUCUCAACAGUUGAACCCUCGUACGUUUCCCAGCACAUUCUUCUUUUAUUCAGAUGUGCCAAAAGAGGUUUCUGGGUGACCCGCUUCCCGCUGGAAAAGACUGAAUCUCAGAGCUGAUGUUAACAGCUGUGAGGAUGUUGAUGUGUUUAUAAAUGUGAAUAUUUUUUGUGUUAGUAUUUUAUUUGCUUGUGAAUAAAAUCUGGAUUUGAAAGAA